UUCCUUUUACCAUGUGGUUCAGCGUUCUGUGAGUGUUUUCGUUUGCAUCGUACAUUGUUUAGGAGGGCUUGCGAGGAGAGAACAAGGGGCGAUUGGUUAAAUAUACACUGGCCAGUGACAUAAUCCUCUGCUCUGGAUUUACAAAGAAACUGUCACAGGUUCCGACCAGGUGUGCUCACGUCAAUCCAUCAUGGCCGAUCCGUGGCAGGCAGUGAUGGACCACGCCGUGGUGGUGGCGCGGAAAGCCGGGGAGAUGGUCCAGGAGGCUUUGCAGAGCGAAGUGAACAUCAUGCACAAAAGCUCGUCCGUGGACCUCGUCACCAAGACUGACCAGCAGGUGGAGCAGUUCAUCUUCACGUCGAUCAGGGAGAAGUUCCCCACUCACAGCUUCAUUGGGGAAGAGUCUGUUGCGGCUGGACUGUCCUGUGUCCUAACGGACAACCCCACCUGGAUUAUCGACCCUGUGGACGGGACUACCAACUUUGUACACGGGUUCCCAUUCGUUGCUGUGUCCAUUGGCUUCGUUGUUAAGAAGAAGCCCGAGUUUGGCGUGGUGUACAGCUGUGUGGAGGACAAAAUGUACACGGGCCGGAAAGGCAAGGGGGCCUACUGCAACGGGCUGCCCCUCCAGGUGUCCGACCAGACUGACAUCAACCAGAGCAUCAUAACCUGUGAGAUGGGCUCUGACAGAGACCCAGAGGUGGUCGAGAAGAUCUUCUCCACCAUGCGCAAGAUCCUCUGCAUUCUGUACACGGGUAGGCUGCGGGGAGCGGGCACAGCCGCCACGAACAUGGCCCUGGUGGCCUCUGGUGUGGCCGAGGCCUACUACGAGAUCGGGAUCCACUGCUGGGACAUCGCGGCUGGCGCCAUCAUCGUCACGGAAGCGGGGGGCGUCGUGAUGGAUGUGGACGGAGGUCCGUUUGACCUGAUGUCCAGAAGAGUUGUGGCAGCAAACAACAAAACGAUCGCUUCCAGACUUGUCAAAGCCAUCGAUAUAUUUCCAGUGAAAAGAGACGAUGCCCCAGUAGAGGACAAGCACUGACUAUCUAUUCUGACCGUUCCUGCCGGGAAAAUGUUCAUAUAUUUACUGUAUUUCUUUCUUUCUUUCUUAGCUGCAAUGUUCUUGAAUGAAACUUAAUUUCCAGUACAAUCAUGUGUUCAUGCACUGACGGUUAAGUACACCAAAGCACUGACACAGCAAUAGUACCUUAGCUGGGAGCUACUUAAGACAAAGGCCGCGCAUAAGAGUAUGUUGCAGCCGUUGUUUGGAGUUUUUACGGUACUUUUCCAGAGUAGUCUUCAAACAUAUUUUUAUAUGAUCUUUUGUGCUCUAGGCUGUGGCAUAUUCUGUAUAUAUAUGGUAAUUCCAAAUGAAUUGGAAAAUUAGUCGUUCAUGAUUGGAUUUUAGUCAGCCGAUUUCAGUGGCUUGUACGUUUGUGGGUGUGGGGGUGGAGAGGGGUGUGAAAGUUAAGUUUUACUGUUAAAAGUUUUACUGUUUUCUUUUGCUUUGGUCCACACUUACCCCAGUUAUUUGUUGCAUUUUCAUGUUUGUGUGAGCUAUGGCGGUUUCCAUGAAGCAAAGUCACAGAAAAUGGAUGCUCAUGGAAAGACUCUGCUCUCCGCGCCAGUCUAUGUAAGCGCACAGUGGUGUUUUGUUCUCUAAAUAAACUUGAGCUUCUUGGUUUGGA